AUGAGUUCCGAAGAUGAUCUAUGGUUGGACGAGGUCGGAUUGAAAGAGGGCCGCUGUUUUGAGACGACCAGCCGCCAAUACCACUUGGACAAGAUACUCGGCGAGGGCGGUUUUGGAGUCGUUUUCCAAAUUACCACUCAAAGCGGGCCGAAAGAGACGUUCGCGAUGAAGGUCGAAAAGAAGAUCGAGACCCGACUUCAUUCCAAGCUCAAAAUGGAGAUUGCCAUCCUGAAAAUGGUAUCUGGGGAGCGGCGCGGGCCAAACGAGAAGAACCAUUUUACGGCCAUCAUCGACAAAGGCAAACGGGAUCCCCACUACUACUUUAUCAUCAUGCAACUCGUUGGGAAGAGCCUGGACGAUCUGAAGCGACUUCGUGAUCACAAUGUGUUCUCCGUCGGCACCGGGCUUGCCGUUGCCAGCCAAUGCCUUGAGGCCGUCGAGGAUUUGCACAAAUAUCACUUCAUCCAUAGGGAUCUAAAAGCUGAGAACUUUGCUUGCGGACUCCCUCCCCAUGUGCGCACCAUCUACAUCCUCGACUUUGGCAUUGCGAGGCGCUUUACGAACAGCAAAAACGAGCUGAAGACGCCGCGCAGCUACGUGCGUUUCAAGGGGACCGUGCGGUUCGCCUCGUUGGCGUGCCACAAGAAUGCCGAGCUGUCGGUGAAGGACGACUUGGAGUCGUGGUUCUAUUUGCUGCUCGAUCUGCUGGUUAUUGGUGGCCUUCCUUGGCGGCGUCUGCGCGAUCGCAACGAUGUGAUGCGCUCGAAGGAGUUGUCGCGACAGAACAAGGAGGCACUCUACGGGCAGUUGAAGUAUAAAGAUGAAUACCACGAGCUUCUCCAAUACAUCGAUCGCCUCCAGUAUAUUGACACCAUUGACUACAAGAUGGUCUACGACAAGUUGAAGAAGAUCGCCACCAUGCACAGCGUCUCUUUCGACGACCCAUACGAUUUCGAGAGGUCCAACUAC